AUGGCUGCAAGAGUAGACCUUCCAUCGAUGCCACAGUUUGAUCCUCAUGUAGAUUACAGCAGUUUAGCGACACGAUGGGAAGAGUGGCUUAAACGAUUUCACCUUUAUCUUCGAGCUGGAAAAAUCACCGAUAAAACACAACAACGAGCCCUUCUUCUAUACAUGGCUGUGCCCCAAGUACAAACAAUAUUUGAAACGCUAGCUAAUACUGGAGGUGACGACGACUUCAAAACAGCGGUUGAAAAACUGACAGAAUAUUUCAUGCCAAAGAAAAACCUCGAGUAUGAGAUUUAUAUAUUUCGCCAAGCCCGACAAACGACUGACGAAACAUUGGAUCAGUACCACACGCGCCUUCGAAAGUUUGCUACAACAUGCGAGUUUACCGAUGCUGAUCGUGAAAUUAAAACACAAAUCAUACAAAGCUAUGUUUCUACGCGUCUUCGGAGAAAAGCGCUUCGUGAUUCAACGCUUACUCUGAGUGCCUUACUCGCUGAAGGUCGUACCUUGGAAGUAAAUGAAAAACAAGCUAAAGGCAUCGAGAAAUCCCUCGCAGCCAUCAAGAUCGACGAAAAACUCCCCACUGAAAUCGACGAUAGUGUGAAUGUGAUUCAACAUCAACAACGCCAACAACCGCCGUACGCUCGUCGGGAAACAGUGAAACGCAAGUGUUAUUAUUGCGGGUUAGAUUAUCCCCACAAGAACAAUAGCUGCCCAGCGUAUGGCAAAGAAUGCUCGUUUUGUCAUAAGAUGAAUCAUUUUGCAAAGGUUUGCAAAAGUAGUCAAAAUCGAGAUCAGAAUAAAUUUCCCCACUCAUCACGCCAAUUCAACAACUCGUCAAUUAACACUGCUAAUAGACAGCACACUGACGAUGAAAGCAACUCAUCCUCGGAAGGUGAAUACAUCUACACGGUGAACACAAGCUCAGUAGUUGCGUCCAAGGACAAUUUGACUGCCAAAUUAAAGAUCAGUCGGACGAAUUUUCGAGCACUCAUCGACACCGGGGCGUCUAUCAACAUUAUAGACGAGCCGACAUUUCAACACUUAUGUAAACAAAAACCUAUUAAAAUACAUCGUUCAAAAGCACGAAUAUAUGCGUAUGCUGCACAAUCGCCGCUUCCUAUGCUGGGAGUAUUCGAAGAAAUCAUCGAAUCGAAGACAAAGAUGACAAGCGCCAAAUUUCACGUCGCAAAAGGGGACAAUGGCAACUUACUUUGCUCAGAAACUGCAGCAGAACUCGGAUUAAUAACAUUGAACAUACACAAUGUAAACAAAGACAAACCGGAAGUAAACACAACUACAAAAGUAAACACAACUGUGAAAGUGCCAAACGAAUUCACACCUGAGGCAGAAGCCACUGAAUUCAUUCAAAGUCUGACAAAUGAGUACGAGGACUUAUUCAGAGGAAUUGGGUGCCUGAAAAACUUCGAACUUAAGCUACACAUAGACCCUAACGUCAAGCCAGUUGCGCAACCGGAAAGGCGUAUACCAUUUCACAUCCGGGAGAAAGUAACUCACGAAUGGACAAGUUAA